AUGCCCGCCAAGCAGCCGACAAACUGGAAGCUCUGGGCCAAAGUCCUGGUCGGCGGCGCCGCCAUCAGCAUAGGGGGUCCCUUGCUCACGAUGCGCCUGACGCCGACCGAAGACGAGCUCCGGUCGAGAUAUAACCCCGACCUGCUGAAGAAGAGCAUCGAAGGCCGGCAAGAGCGGGAGGAGGAGUUUGACGAGUUUGUCACGCGCUUGAAGCAAUACUCCAAGUCGGAUAAGCCGAUCUGGAUUGUGGUCAAGGAGGAGGAGGAGAGGCGCAAAAAGGCCGUCUUGGAGGCAGCAAAGGCGCACCAGAGGGAGGCGGAUGCGCAGCGGGACGAGAUGAGGCGGGAAGCGGGAUUGGGGUCCAAGUGA